AUGUGGUUGUCCAAGUUACCCCCGAGCCUCCAGACAAAGGUCGGCGACUACGUGGCACAGAACCCGGCCAGCGAGCCGAUCUUCGGCGAAUUGGUCAAUUUUUUGUCGCCGGAUCCACCCAAAAAACGGAAAGUCGGCAGGCCCAGAAAAGACGAAAACUCCAGAACACCUCCACCGUUGAUGGCCUACGAUCCAGAAGCCGUGCUGACCCACACGAUGGACAUCAAGCUGCCCAUCGAUCCGAGCGAGAUCAUCUUCGAGAUGCCCAGUUUGUCGUUCAUUUCUCCGUACCGAAGAAGAAUGAACUUGGUGUUCCAUUUGUUGGUCAGCAACGAUGCCGCCACACAGCCGCUUCUUUCGGUGGCCAGCGCCACGACAAAAAUCCCGGAAUUCACCAUCAAGGAUCUCCUGGAGGCGGUCAAGUUGUGUGUGAUGAUUCCGAUGUUGGGAAACUCCACCGUUUCCACGAAAAAAGACACGGCCAUGCUCUGCAUCUGGCUCCACGACGGCGCGUUUUUGACCCAGGGAAAGAACGAGCCCAUCAUCUGUACCAUCAACCUCGACGCCGUGAAGAGACAGCUUAUAGACGAGGGUAAGCUUCCAGAAGACGCCGAUCAGGCCCUCUCGCCCGAGGAGCUGCGGUCGAUCGCCAUCAAGCCCGUCAACGAGAUGAUCAUCGAGUUCUUGGAGAGACAGUUCCAGCUCUGCGGCGUGCGUCUCGUCAACUACAUGCCCUCGAUGGAUCCACGUAGGAAUGCGUUGAACAUGAACGAGGAUACGGCCAUCUGUAUUUCUCGAGGCGCCAACUCUGUUAAUGACUUUGUUAAUGUAGCUGCGUACCGUGGCGCCAAGGAGGGUGCGCUUGUGCUUAUUGCAGAUCUGGAGAACUCUGCCUACUUGUGCUUUGGAUUCAAGAAGCCCGUGUUGCUUUAUGACUUUGGCAAGGUGGUGCAUGUCUCCUACAAAGAUAUUGCCAAGUUUACGUUUACGGUGCUUGUGACGAUUCGCUUGCAGGACGACCACCAGGAGGUGUUGGAGUUCACGAUGGUGGAUCAGCGGUGCUUCCACACUUUCGAUGAGUUUUUCAAGAGCAGGCAGAUCACAGACGGCUCGUUCGACGAGCAGCAUCGAGAGAAGCGCGCCGACGACAAGAAGAGCGUCAAGAACGAAGAGGCGGGCGAAGGGAACUUGGGCGAGCUUGCGCUUGACCAGGAUGACGGUGAAGAUGAAGAUGAGGAGGAGGAAGACGAUGAGACGUAUACUGGGGCCGUCGAGGGUGAGGGCAGCAGUGGAUCAGAGUCUGGAAGCGAAGAUGAAGACAUGUCAGACGACGAGGCAGAGAAGAACGGAGAUGUGAAGGACGAGGCGAUGGACUAG